AUGGAGGAGUGUCCAGAAAACAUGCCUUCUCCGCCACCAUACAGUGAGGCUGUCCUGGAAGAGGCAGGCGAACCGUUGGCCCGACAUGAAGCAGAAGUCUCGCAACAAGGGAUAUCAGCAGACAGCGGCAGUUCUUGUGAUAAGACACUGAGUGAAGAUAACAGCACUGUUCACUCCGAGGCGAAGUCUCCCAAGGCUGCAUAUAGGCCAGCAGACUGUGUGUCUACUAGUAAUGAUAUGGUAUCAGGUGGUGGGGUAUCACCCACUUGCUCAGAAACUGGGGCAGGUUGUCACCUCUACCCUCCGCCCAAGAUUGCUCCCAAGAAAAAGAAACCAUUUUUAUCACUUGGUUCCUCUGGAAGGUCAAAAGACAGUAGAAGAGUUACAAAUUUGUCUCUGCAGAUUCCACAAGAUACAUUGUCUAUGUUAGAUAAAGACAAAAAAGAAUCACCGAGAUUGGUGAACUCCCCAGUAUUGCUGUCCCCAACUUUAACUUUCCCUGCUGAAUCUCCAGUCCAGACAGAUCCAGUCAUGACAGGAGAAAUAUCUGAGGGGAGUACAAGUAAACAGAGUUGUUCAGUCCCAGGGGGAGGGAUACUACAGACUAAACUGCCAUCUGGUGGAGAAAAUUACCCCUUUUCACCAACCUGUAUUCGUAGAUCUCCUACCCGAGAAAUAGUUCCUCUGACACGGAGAAGAUCAGGGUCCCCGUUUCUCUGUAUGGGUGAUAACAUCCCUGAUAUACCAGAGGAUUCACCACUGGUGACGGUGCAUGGUGGUGAAAUGAACACGGCACCAUCAAGAUCUCCAUCGCCAUCACCAGUUGGACUUACACCAUUUUCACCACUGAGGAGGGUGUCUUUACCGUGUGCACCGCCGCUGAGACGUACCAUGUCUCCAACAUCGCGGUCACCAUCACCUGAUAUGUGGCUAUCUGGACAACCUGUUUACCCAGACAGUAGAAAGUCUUCUUUUUCUACACUACCGCCAUCUUUGCCAUCUGUGAAAUCUCCCACAGGCUGCACCAUGGGUAUUAACAGACUAAUGCCCCCUGGUGGACGGGACCUGAAGUCAUCAGGAAUACGUAGGAACUCUUCAUCUAUAUUUGAAUAUGUUUCAUCUUUGAUGUAUGGCCGCUACACCCAGGACCUGGGGGAGUACGCCAAACACGAGGCCGUCCGGAUCAAGAGGCUACAAGAACACAGGCGGAAGGCAGAGGAGAGGCUACAGGCACCCAAAGGCUUCUAUAUUUAUACUGAUAAUAUAUGCUUCCACAAAUGUAGAGGUUUUUGUCUAUGGUUCCGAAGCACUGUGAUCCAGAGACUUGGAGAAGACUGGGUUUUCUUGGCAUUACUUGGGGUUGUCAUGGCGAUACUGAGCUUUGCCAUGGACUGGGUCAUAGAAAGGUGCCAACAUGCUCACAUCUGGUUGUAUAAAGAACUUGGGGAGUAUCCGCCCUUGCAGUUCUUUGCCUGGGUUCUGUACCCCAUAGCGUUUAUCCUCUUCUCCACAGGGUUUGUACAUAUUGUUGCUCCCAAUGCAAUAGGUUCAGGGAUUCCAGAAAUGAAAACUAUUCUUCGCGGGGUUGUGCUAAAAGAAUACUUGACACUGAAGACUUUGGUGUCGAAAGUGGUUGGCUUGUGUUCCUCACUGGGCAGUAGACUUCCCAUAGGGAAAGAGGGCCCCUUUGUCCAUGUAGCCAGUAUUGUGGCCACUUUGUUAUCCAAGUUAAUGGCCUUCAGAGGGAUUUAUGAUAAUGAAUCCCGUAACUAUGAGAUGCUGGCUGCUGCCUGUGCUGUGGGGGUGGCAUGUACUUUUGCUGCUCCUAUUGGAGGAGUGUUAUUUAGUAUAGAAGUCACAUCAGUAUAUUUUGCUGUCAGGAACUACUGGAGAGGGUUCUUCUCUGCUGUGUGUGGGGCUGCAGUAUUCCGCUUACUGGCAAUAUGGGUGCAGGAAGAAGAAACCAUCACUGCCCUGUUUAAGACUAGUCUAAGACAAGAGUUUCCAUUUGAUGCUGUGGAGCUGUUGGCAUUUGGCACCAUAGGAUUGGUGUGUGGGUUUGGCGGUGCUCUGUUCAUUUAUUUCCACAGGAAAAUUAUCCACUUUAUACGAAAACAGAGGAAAUUGUCCUCCUUUCUCCAGAAGAAUGAAGUAUCAUGGGGGGUGGGGGUGUUAUCCUUUCCCCUGGGGCUGGGGCAGUAUACAGCUGGAAUGUUAACUCACCGAGAAGCUGUGAAUGAGUUGUUCAGUAACUUCACAUGGUCCACGGGGAAAGCAGAGAACUUAGAUCUGGACCAACUAGAGGUCCUCAGUCACUGGAAUCACCCGGACACCAGCGUCUACGUCACACUGACUUUGUUUAUUAUUAUACAGUUUGUGACAGCUGCUUUGGCUGGUUCUCUCCCCAUUCCUGCUGGAGUGUUCAUUCCCGUCUUCACUAUAGGUGCUGCCUUUGGUCGUCUUGUAGGAGAGUGUUUGGCUACGUGGUUCCCCAGUGGAGUGAGGAUGGGAGAGCAGGUGUCUCCUAUAGUACCUGGAGGAUAUGCUGUAGUAGUCCAGAUAAUAUUUGACAUCAUCCCCACCAAGUCCAGCCCAUAUUAUGUUCUUGAGAAGGACUUCAUGCCAUAUAUAUAUGUCUGGUGUCUUUGCAGCACUUACAAUGUGUUUGUGGAGGACUUCAUGAUCCGUGACAUCAGGUUUAUCAGCUAUAUCGCCACAUACCAGGAUGUGAAGAAUCUGUUGGAGACAUCCAAGUUAAGAACAUUCCCAUUGGUGGAUGCCCCAGAGUCCAUGAUUCUCCUUGGGUCUGUACAGAGACUGGAGCUGGAACUGUUACUGGAGGCUCAGCUUGGACGACAGCGCCGCCUGGCAGCAGUGGAAGAAGCAUUACAUAAACGGCAACAGGAAGAGGAGGAGAGGAAGAGAGCCAAGGAACAACUGGAGAAGAGGCCACCAGAACAUACAGCUAAUGGAGACACGCUGAAACCACACAAGUACACCAAGGCACCACAGAGAGGGAUAUUAAAGAAGAGUCCCCGUCCCAGCCCCCGAGCUAGUCCCAGGGCCAGUCCUAAAGGAAGUCCNAAUGUCUGGUGUCUUUGCAGCACUUACAAUGUGUUUGUGGAGGACUUCAUGAUCCGUGACAUCAGGUUUAUCAGCUAUAUCGCCACAUACCAGGAUGUGAAGAAUCUGUUGGAGACAUCCAAGUUAAGAACAUUCCCAUUGGUGGAUGCCCCAGAGUCCAUGAUUCUCCUUGGGUCUGUACAGAGACUGGAGCUGGAACUGCUACUGGAGGCUCAGCUUGGACGACAGCGCCGCCUGGCAGCAGUGGAAGAAGCAUUACAUAAACGGCAACAGGAAGAGGAGGAGAGGAAGAGAGCCAAGGAACAACUGGAGAAGAGGGCGUCCCAAGGCGAUACCGAGGGGACGCGACCAAUGGCAGCCUGCAGUGGAGAUAUGUUGAACGCUGUGAAGGUCCACCGCCAGCCAUCGGCCAGGUUUACGGUGACCCCUGCAGCCAGCAAGGUGGACAGUGGUGGACAGGUCCAGUUGAAGCUGGACUCCACGCCACCAGAACAUACAGCUAAUGGAGACACGCUGAAACCACACAAGUACACCAAGGCACCACAGAGAGGGAUAUUAAAGAAGAGUCCCCGUCCCAGCCCCCGAGCUAGUCCCAGGGCCAGUCCUAAAGGAAGUCCUCAGUCUUCACCUCGCUCUAGUCCACCAGGGUCUGCCAAGACAAGCCCAACACCCAGUCCACAGUUAGAAAAGAAAUUCAGCAUAGGACUAGCAAAGAUUUUCAAAUCUCGAAGUAAAGAAAGUAUCGCGGACAGUACGGCUUCUGAAGAUGAUGAAGCUCAGAGGUCUCUUCUAGACGGUUUCCCUGAGCAAUAUACUGACUCUGUGCGAAGUGGCAAAAGUGUUCAAUUUAAUGUCAUGGACUUACAAGAGCAAAGACAGUGGGAGGAAGAGCAGUUGAAAUGUCAGGUGAAGUUUGAAGAGGCUCAGAUAGACCCCGCCCCCUUCCAGCUAGUGGAGAGGACUUCCUUACAGAAAGUUCAUUCUCUGUUCUCACUGCUAGGCCUGAACCAUGCCUAUGUCACCAAUACAGGGAGGUUGGUAGGAGUGGUUGCACUUAAAGAGGUGAGGAGGGCUAUUGAGGGCCAGGUAGAAGAAGACCAUGAACUGAUGCGGACACACAAGCGUGGCAGCACGGUGGAACUGGAGAUGGAAGUGCGGGAACGGUCGGAUAGUGAGGCGUGAACUACAUCAACUCAUCAGAUAGUGAGGCGUUAAUAAUAAUUGCACAUGGUCAGUUUGGGGCAGAAAGGAAAGUGAAGCACAUGGAAACUGAAAUAUUUUAUCAGGACAUGAAAUAUGCCAGAAGACAGUGAAGAGAACAUUACUAGGAGCUGUGUACCAGUAGAGAGAGAGGAGAAUAGGAACUCUUAACAUUGGUGCUGUGGUCAGAAUACUUGGUGUUUACAAUGUACCCCCCUCUCACUGCUGACAUUAUGCAUUUAGAGAGUUAUCAAAAUAAAGAACAAAGAGAUAUGGCAUGUCAUGAUAGUCCAUGACUUGACAGUCAGUGUCAUGGUAACCAUUGCCAUGACAAUAUGCAAUGACAGUGCAUGACCUGACAUUCAGUAUAUGGUAAUUGUUGCCAUGACAAUAUGCCAUGACAGUCCAUGGCCUGACAUUCAGUACCGUGGUAACCAUUGCCGUGACAAUAUGGCAUGACAGUCCAUGGCCAGACAUUCAGUAUCAUGGUAACCGUUGCCAUGGCAACAUGGCAUGACAGUCCAUGACCUGACAUUCAGUACCAUGGUAACUGUUGCCAUGACAACAUGCCAUGACAGACCAUGCCGUCAUAUACAGUUACAUAGUAACCAUUGUUUCAGUUCAUAAUAAUGCCAAUAUCAUUUUAUCCAUGUUAAAUUUAUUUGGGUCCUUAAGUAAAUAAAUACAUUGUAACUACUGGUGUAUGGGGGUGGGGGUUCAUGCCAAGGCAGUCCUUUUGUACCCAGAGAUUAAGAGUUUACUGUAGACUGACCUGUGUAAUCACCAUGUCUUCCAGAAAGGGAGGGGAGACAUGCUGAUAAUAGAGCUUACUGGCAGUUUACUGUAGACUGACCUGUGUAAUCAUCAUGUCUUCCAGAAAGGGAGGGGAGACAAGCUGAUAAUAGAGCUUACUGGCAGUCUACUGGAAACUCCAAAACUCUGGAUGCCAUUUUAGUCAUAUAUUUGUAUAUAUAUAUAUAAACAUUACCAUAUUUUUAUAUCUCUUUUUUUGUACAGACUGCAUUAUGAUUUAAAUUAGCUUUUUGAAUGGUCAAAUGAUCCCUUGUUUUCCUUGUUCUGUUUAUUUCAGUUAUUGGCAUAUUAUCAUUAUGUAUUCAUAAAUUUCAAUUAUCGCAAAACAGAUACAACUGUAACAGCGAAUUUCCCUCUGGGUUUUAACUGUUGUUUAUAUUUAACAAAAAGAAACAGCACUAUGCUGUCAAGUGCAAGGAGCCAAGUUGUUUUAAAAUAGGUUGUUCUAUUAAAAUAGACUGAACUGUUUUUUUACGCUGUGGUGUACAGUGUAUGUCCUCAUAAAUAGAAUUAAAAUAGGUUGUUCUAUUAAAAUAGACUGAACUGUUUUUAUACACUGUGGUGUACAGUGUAUGUCCACAUAAAUAGAAUUUCUCUCUCUUCUUUAGAAUGUCAAUUUAAUACUUUUGAUUUACUGAACAGCUGUGGCCGACAAACAUAUAUUAUCUCUAUCUUAUAAAGUAUAAGGGUGUGUGUAUGUGUGUGAUCAUUUGUGGGUGUGUAACAGUAUAAGAAACGUUGUGCAGCAUAAAAUUUGUUAAAACUACAAAGCAUCUCUGUGCGUCUUGAUAGCCUUAUGUAUAAAGUUGGAGCCAUGAUAUGUAAAAAAUGAAGUCAUCUUUUUCAGAUAUUCUAGUCUUACAUACAGAAUGUAAUAUUCGGCCAGAUUAUCACUUGGUUGUUGUGGGAUUUUUUACUUUUUAUUAUUCAGUCAGAAAAAUUUCAUUAGCAUGGUGGGCCUCAUAUAAUAUGCUUACAAACUUCAGCAUUGGUUGAUCAAACAUUUAUAUUGUUUAUGCAUCAAUUAUGUGCAUAUGUUAUUGUUUAUACAGAGUGAAAUUAAUCCAAGCCUGAUAUGCGUAUAUAUUAGUGUUAUGCAAGGUGUAUUUAAUAAUAACUAACAGCAGUAUUAACUACAGACUUCAAUACAGUGAUUUAGCUGGCAUCAUACCAGGAAGUUUAUCAACAAUUCUGUCUUCUCUGUACUGCUGAGAUUUGAGACACAACUGUUGACCUUUGCAAUUAAUGAAAAAUAAAUAUAUUUUUCUUGAAAUACA